AUGGUGCGCGUCACAAAACCCUCGAAAGCUACGCGCUUCAACGCGCGUAUCCUGAAGAAGCUUCAAGACGCUAUCGCAUCAGAUCCAGAGGUCGACUUGGUCACAAAGCUGCCAACGGAGUACUCUACUCGAUUGAGAAGCAUGCGUAACAGCAUGAAAACCGACAACAAUGACAGGCGUCUCUUGAUGCGUCUGCGCCAGUUGAGACGAUUUAUCCUCUCUCGAGGGUAG